ACGUCGCAUUCUCGAGCGUUCCGCGUUUGUUACCACUGUGUUAUUUUCGUGAUAUCAAUUUGUUCAAUACAAUUUUAAUAUACCUGUGAAGUCCAUAAGAUUUAUUUAGAAAAUAUAUUUUACUAACUCCUUUAUAAAUAUAUAUUUAAAUACUUGAUAAAUUUAUAAAGUGUAGUUGUAUAAAAAGUUUUUUUAAAUUUUAUUUAUUUUUUUCAUUCGACGUGACUCCACCCUUGUGGCUUAAACCUAGUGGUUGAGAUUCUCAUCUCUCCGUGAGAAGUGAGAGUGAGAAAAUUAUUAAUCUGAAUCCCGAGUGAUUUUUUUUUUCUAAUUUAUUUAUUAUUUGUAUAUAAUUACGAUUUUCAAUUGGUUUAUUUUUGUUUUUAUUUGUGUUAGUGAAAGAAGACAAGACGGACAAAUGAUCUCAAUAGAGAUUAUGAGAUAAAGGAUUACUUAUUAUUUUGUUUUUUUUUCAACGUGGUGUUAAUAAGAAAUUUAAAUAUAAAAAUAAAUACUCUUAUAUUACUGAUUAAAAAGAAUAAAUAAAAUAAUAAAUCAUCAAGAUGAUGGGAAAACGAACACAGUGUUAUCUUUGUGACCUACCGCGUAUGCCGUGGGCUAUGAUAAUGGAUUUUUCAGAACCUGUAUGCCGUGGUUGCGUCAACUACGAAGGCGCAGAUAGAAUAGAUUUGGUAUUAGAGUCAGCCAAACAGCUAAAGAAAGCUCAUGGCUUCCAGGACACAAGACCAUCAGUUUCAAAAGCAUACAGAAGUUCCAGUCACGCCGAACACAAUGGUGGUACAAAUAUCGAUGUUUUGCCAAUUCAAAAUGCCGGUCAAGCUCAUUCGAGGCACCACAAUAUUGCCAGUUAUUCACAGCUUCAUCAUCGUAAUUCUAUGAAUGAUUUUAAUUCAAGUUCACGACAACAGCAACAACAACAGCAGCAGCAACAACAACUAGUUGCAGCAGCACGUCAACAACAGCAUGAAGAACCUCAUGAAUUGGCUAAUGGCAUGAGAAAUAAUAACGUAAGAAUGACAAAUGCUCAUUUAGCUGCAGUAACUCAUCAUGUAAAUCUCAGUCAUAGUCGUAGUACACAAUUAAAACGAGGAAUAUCUACCAUUGAUGAAGAUGAACAUCCAGAAAAAAGAUUAUCACUUGAAGAACAACAUCCAGUCAGGCCACCUCUUACUCGAGGUGAAUCUCUUCCUGCUGUUAGCCUUGCUGUGAGCUAUGUUCAAGAUAGAAGCAAAGAAAAACAUCCAGUUAGAGCACCUAGUUUUGAAACUGCUACAACCUUCAAGGCCAACGGUGGUUAUGUUGGUCCUUCAAUUCCAUUGGCACCGGCAAGCGUUGCUACCAAUGGUGGUGGAUCGCCUCUUCGUCCAAGGACUAGUCCACCUCCUCCGCCACCUCCUCCUCAAGAGACUGGAGGUGGAAAUCAACAAGGGAAUCAUCAUCAAGGAACAGCUGGAGGUCCAUCACCAAUGGCUGCUUUAAUGUCUGUUGCUGAUACUUUAACAUCACCUGAACCUGUAUCACAGCCUUCUAAUAAUCCCAGUCCAACUAGCAGAAGUCCUCCAACAACUGCAUCCAAUGCUCAACAACGCAGCGUUUCCAGGGGCUCUCAACAUAGUCCUAAUAGUUCAGGAUCUUCAGCAAGAAGACAAAAUGGAUCUAGACAUGUAUCAUCUACAACUGUAAUGACAUCAUCAGAAGGUGCAACCGCCCAAUCUACUGGAUCUGAACCAGUAACUGCGCCUGCACUCAAGUGUACACUUUGCCAAGGUCGUCUCGAGGACACUCACUUUGUUCAAUGCCCUAGUGUCCCUCAUCACAAGUUUUGUUUCCCAUGUAGCCGAGACAGCAUUAAGAGACAGGGUGCUGGAUCAGAGGUUUAUUGUCCGAGUGGAGAAAAAUGUCCUUUGGCUGAUAGUCAAGUACCUUGGGCGUUCAUGCAAGGUGAAAUUGCUACUAUACUCGCUGAAGACACUGCAGGUACUGGCCUGAAAGUAAAAAAAGAACGUGAAACUUAAAAAAAUUAAAUGUUUAUUAAUAUGGUUGAGGCUUGAAUUUUUUAACUGCUCGAUAUCUCAACAAUAAAAGAGAUAAGCAGAUAUAUUUUGAUGGAAAACCGUGAAGGCUCCAUCAAACAAAUUGUUUUUGGUUGAAAAAAAUAAAAAAUUCACAUGUGUUAAUGUUGCUCGCUAAUCGAGUUAACUGGUUUAGAGCCGAAGACGUUGAAAUGAAUCGGAAUUUUUUUUGCAAGCAGUUAAUGUUUAUUGAACUAAAUACAGUUAAAACAAAAAAAAAUUGAUAUAAGUAAUAUCAAUUAUUUUUAUUUUAUAUAAAAAAUACUUUUGAUGAAAUUGAUUGAAUAAUAAUUGAUAAUUUAUCAUCGAGAGUAUAAGUGAUAGUUGGUUUUGAGCAGGAGUCUUCGGCAUUUUGAUAAGCUGGCGAAUUUUUGUACCUUUUUGGUGCGUUAUUUAUGCACAAAAAAAUUAAUCAUUAAAAAUGUUUUUUAUUUCAUUUGGUUUGUUUUUCAAUUUUUUUAAAGUUUAGAUUUUUUUUUUUAUUUAGUAUGCGAUAAUCUACAGUUGCAAUAACUUUAUAUGACAUACAAAAAAAGGAUUCGUACUUAGAUUUGAUUGUUGUCACAUUUUAUUACGUCCUUGAAUGAUCAAUAAAUAAUGAUUAAUUUAUAUUGUAGUAACUGAAGUUUAUGAUAUUUUAAAUUUUACAUUACAUAUUAUUAUAAUUUUUUUUUUUUUGUAUUAUCGCUCAAAGCGAGUAAGUUAAUUUAGGUUUGUACCUUUAAGAUACAAACUGUCUUUCUGUACAUUGUGUAUAUGUGUAUAUAAAUUUGACAUUAAUUAUUAUUAAAUAAAUCUUACGAUCAGUGGUGUAACCAAGUAAUAAGUGUACAAUAAUACUGAAAGAUCUAUAAUUGUGCGUUAAUAUUUCAUUUGUGUGUGAUUUCUUUGCACAUAGUAUAAAUUUAUUUACAUUCACACAUGCUUUUAUGUUUUCACACAAAAGCCAUCCAAGUCGUUAUCUUUUGACGAUUUGUGUUUUACUAAUGAUAAAAACUUUUUCUAAGUGAUAGAAAAAAAAAUCAUUAUCAUUUGUUUAAUGUGCGUGAAAACGCAUUAAACUUGAUAAUUUUUAUAAUGAUAAAUAAUUAAAUGGUAGUGUUUAAGUUUAAAGACUUAAAGUCUUUGGCUUGUAUUGAAUAUAACAUAAGGUACAUCUAAGAAAAUAAAAUGAAAUCAACAAAAACUAAACACCUGCUAUUUAAAACAUUUAUAAAAUUUAGUGUACAAUAAUUUAUCAUAGACUUUUUAAAUAAGCAGUUGACCGAUGAAAUAAACUUUAUUACAUAGGAUUUUUUUUAAUUGUUAACUUAAUAAUUUCGAGGCCGCCCAGGAUUUUUUUUUUCUAAGUAAUAAAAUAAUGAACGUCUGAAUGAUAACAGUAGUAAAGAAAAUAAAUGAUAUCAAAAGAGUGAAUGGUUUCGAAUGAAUACAAUAUACCAUAAUUUAUAUUAAACUCCCGCUUACUGUUCAAAUGUUUUUUUUUUCUUUUUAUUUGUAUAUAUUUGUACAAAAACAUUGAUCGAAAUAAUGUUCAGACAUGUAUCGAUUAAUGUAAGUGAUAUCAAAGUAAAAAAAAAAAAAAUUUAGAAGAGUUUCGAAUUUUUUCACUCCGCCUGUCAAUUAUAUCUUCUUUUUUCUCAAUCUUUCUAAUGAAAAUUUUUAAUGAAUUCAUGUGUAUAACUUGACAUAUAAUCGGCUUUCGGUAUAAAAUCAUCAGUAUCUUACCCACACUGAGAGAAAUGUUUGUGCAAACAAACAUACAAAUAAUUUUAUAGCAAAGUUCGAUUAUAUUUCAAAGAAAUGGUACAAAUUGCAUAAGCAUGACUUUAAUAAAAAUGAAUAAUAUGAAAUCAUCAUAAAUGUGUAAUCAUUAUAACAAGUCUCCAUAACUAAAUUUUUAUGGAGAAAAAGAAAGAAAAAUAUAUCUAUUGAAAGUUUUUUUUCUUGGCGUUUUUUCUAUUUUUUUAACGGCUUUGAAUUGUUUAUAAUGUAUUUUUAAAGAAUGGCAUUAUUACUAGAAUUAUUCUCCAGUAUCUUUAUAUGUUUAACAUGUACAAUAUAAAUUAAUUUGACUAAGUCAAAAAAAAAAAAUCACAAUUUCCAAUUAAGAUAAAAGACUUAAUACCCGAUGAAAAACUAAUGCCCGAUUACUCCUUGUAUUUGUACAUCUAUAUUUAUAAAUAAAGAUAAAAAAUACAUGGAGUAAUCGAGUACUAGUCCUUCAUCGAGUAUUAGGUCUUUCACUUUAUAUUAUUAUUUUUUUUAUUGUUUCUUGUUUAAGGUUGUAAAAGUAACAUUUGAUCAGACUAAAUGGUCUGUACUCAAAAAAGUCAUUUGACAAAAAUAUAAAUAAAUAUCUAUGAGUCAUGUAACAAUGUGACUCUUUUUAUGAUGGAAAAAAAAAUAUAUUCAUUCAAAUAGAAAAAUAAUAAAGAAAAAUUUGAAAGAAAAAAUAAUAAACCUUGAAUGAUAAUUGUAGUAGUAAAUAAAAUAAAAAAUUUAAUUGAUGGA